CGUCAGAAAGUGCGUGAUCUCAUCUUUUUACCUGCUUUCCCGUCGCUGAUGGUGUCGCGGCUGUGUCCCGCUCUCAGAAAGUGCGUGAUCUCGUCUUUUGACCUGCUUUCCCGACGCUGAUGUUCUCGCGGCCAUGUCCCGUCGUCAGAAAUUGGUGCGUUAUCUUGUAUUUGGCCUGCUUUCCCGUCGCUGAUGGUGUCGCGGCCGUGUCCCGCUCUCAGUUGAGAAUUCAUAUACGUACUCAAGAUGACACAGCGUUGUCCCUCCAACAAGAUCGUGUUCUGUCUUCACACGCGUCAGAUGUGGAAUAUCAGCACGGCAAUAUCGAGGAGCUCGAGGAGCUCGAAAAAGACAGUGAGUGAGGUAACACAACAAAUGACUCAAAUGGAAUGGAAGAAGAAGUGCUUGGGGCAGAGGAUGGGCAGGAGGUUAAGGACGAGGAACAUUGCGAUGACUGGGAGGAUAAUGAGCAAUGGGAGGAUUGCGAGGACAGGGAGGAUAAUGAGCAAUGGGAGGAUUGCGAGGACGGGGAG